AUGGUCCGCGCCACUCUCCUCGCCACUCUCGCUUUUGCCUUGACGGCCUUCGCGCAGAUCACGCCCAACAAGGCCGGCGCUAGUAACGUUGGCAAGGGAGACGGCUCCCAGUUCAUCACGGGCGGUUGCGUCAACAAUCAAGACUGCUCCUCGGCAUGCUGUGCCAAUGCUAGCGGUGUUGGCGUUUGCUCCGCUGAGGCCGCGCAGUUUCAGAACGGCAAGAAUGGAUGUGGUUUCGAUGACCCUAAUGCGGCUGCAACGAUUGCUGCUGCCAAGGCUCAGGCUGAAAAGCAGGGCUUCUAA